UGUUUUAUUUGCCUAUGCUUAUUGUAUACGAAUAAAACUAAUAUAAAAAAAAAUCUAAUUACCAUCGUGUGAUGAAUUUUGUAGGAAUACAUCUUUAAGUGUGAUUCAAAAUGGUUUGUGAAAAGUGUGAAAAAAAAUUAGGAAGAGUUAUAACUCCAGAUCCAUGGAAAAAUGGAGCAAGGAAUACUGUAGAAAGUGGAGGACGUAAAGUUGGAGAAAAUAAAGCACUGUCUGCAGGAAAGGCAAGAUUUAAUCCAUACACUGCGACUUUUGAGACCUGUAGAAUAUGUAGACAAAAAGUGCAUCAAGUUGGUUCACAUUAUUGCCAAUCAUGUGCAUAUAAGAAAGCUAUAUGUGCAAUGUGUGGUAAAAAAUUGAUGAGUACUAAAAACUAUAAACAGUCUGCAACUUAA